AUGGCUACACUUUCAGACAUUUCAGUUUCAGCAUUCAUAAACAUAAUCACUGCUUUUGCUUUCUUGCUUGCAUUUGCACUUCUCAGAAUUCAACCCAUAAAUGACAGGGUUUACUUCCCUAAAUGGUAUUUUAAAGGCCAAAGAAAAGACCCUGCUUCUACUAAUUUUGUGGGUAAAUUUGUUAAUCUUAAUUUCAAAACUUAUUUUACUUUUCUCAAUUGGAUGCCUGAGGCUCUCAGAUUGUCUGAAACUGCGCUUAUUCAACAUGCUGGCCUUGAUUCUGCUGUUUUUCUCCGGAUUUAUACUCUUGGCUUGAAAAUUUUUCUGCCUAUGAUGAUUUUAGCACUUGUGGUACUUGUACCAGUCAAUGUAUCGGGAGGAACAUUGUUUUUUCUGCGGAAAGAAUUGGUCACGAGUGAUAUUGACAAGCUUUCAAUAUCAAAUGUGCCUCCUAGAUCAUAUAGGUUCUUUGUGCAUAUUGCAAUGCAAUAUCUGUUUACAUUUUGGACUUGCUUCAUGCUUUACAAGGAAUAUGAUACAGUUGCAUCCAUGAGAUUACAAUUUUUGGCUUCCCAGCAAAGGCGUGCAGAGCAAUAUACGGUAUUAGUCAGAAAUGUGCCACGUGCUUCAGACCGUUCAAUCUCAGAUUCUGUUGAUAGUUUUUUCAAGAAAAAUCACCGAAAUACCUACCUCUGCCACCAGGCUGUAUACAAUGCAAACAAAUUUGCCAAACUUGUGAGGCAACGGGAUAAACUCAAAAAUUGGCUGGAUUACAACCAGCUUAAGUUUGAAAGAAAGCCAGAAAAAAGGCCAACAACCAAGACAGGAUUUCUUGGUCUUUGGGGAGAAAAAGUUGAUUACAUUGACUAUUACAAAGAGAAAUUGAAGCAGUUAGAGAAAAAAAUGACAAUGGAGCGUCAGAGAAUUCUCGAUCAUCAAAAGUCUGUCUUGCCAGUUGCUUUUGUUUCUUUCAAUUCACGGUGGGGUGCAGCUGUAUGUGCACAGACAGAACAGAGUAAAAAUCCUACAUUGUGGUUGACUAGCUGGGCUCCUGAACCUCGUGAUGUUUAUUGGCGCAACCUAGCCAUACCGUUUGUUUCUCUCACAAUUCGUAAACUUGUGAUUGGGAUAGUUGUUUUUGCCUUGGUUUUUUUCUACAUGAUACCCAUUGCUUUUGUGCAAUCUCUUGCAAAUCUUGAAGCUCUGGAAAGAGUUGUUCCUUUCCUGAAGCCUGUCAUAGAAAUGAAAAUCAUAAAGUCUUUUCUACAGGGUUUCGUUCCUGGUCUAGCACUUAAGAUCUUCUUGUACAUUCUUCCAGCUCUUUUGAUGCUUAUGUCAAAGAUAGAAGGACACGUGGCUUACUCUAAACUAGAGCGUAGAGCUGCAGCAAAGUACUACUAUUUCAUGUUGGUGAAUGUAUUUUUGGGAAGUAUAGUGACUGGAACAGCUUUCGGGCAACUUGAUGCUUUCAUCCACCAACCACCUAGCCAGAUUCCAAGAAAUAUUGGCGUAUCAAUACCAAUGAAGGCUACCUUUUUCAUUACAUAUAUAAUGGUGGAUGGUUGGGCUGGCAUUGCCAGUGAGAUUCUCCGAUUGAAGCCACUUGUCAUUUUCCAUUUGAAAAACAUGUUUAUAGUUAAAACUGAGCGAGAUAAAGAUAGGGCCAUGGAUCCUGGUAGUAUCGAUAUUCCAGAGACUCUUCCGACCCUGCAGCUUUACUUCCUUCUUGGUGUUGUCUACGCUGUGGUUACUCCUAUACUACUGCCAUUUAUAAUCGUGUUCUUUCUCUUUGCUUUCCUCGUGUACCGUCAUCAGAUAAUCAAUGUGUAUAAUCAACGAUACGAAAGUGCUGGUGCAUUUUGGCCACAUGUUCACACCCGCAUUAUUGCUAGCCUUUUGAUAUCACAGUUGCUUUUGAUGGGUCUUCUCAGCACAAAAAAGGCUGCGAAUUCAACUCCAUUUCUUAUCAUUCUACCUAUAAUGACCUUUGCAUUCCACAGAUAUUGCAAGAGUCGUUUUGAGCCCGCAUUUAACAAAUACCCUCUUGAGGAAGCGACAGAAAAGGACGAGCAAGAGCACACUGAAGGAGCUGAACAAGCCCUAAAGCCCUACCUCGCCGAUGCCUAUUUGCAUCCAAUCUUCCAUACCUUUGAGGAAGUUGAGUUUGAUGAGGUCAAAGUUGAUGAAGUUCGAGUUGACAAGCACCAAGCACACGUCUCAAGCCCCCCGACUCAAGUAGAAGAAAUCUCUGCUUCCUCUCCUCCACAACCGCCUCAAUAUUACAGUUACGAUCAUGAUUUUCAUUCUUACAAUUAUUACCAUCAUCAUGAGGUGCAGUCUUCCCAGUACGAGUAUCACUAUCAGGGUUAAUCCCAGAAAGCUGCUUAACCAAGAGAGCACUGACAAUUCAAUUUUAGCUCUUAGUUUCAACUAAGGUUUUAUUAAUGUAUUUUCGCCUUCCUCACUCGGCGUAGCUUUGUAGAUUCUGAUCUAGUUACCAACAGUGUACAUACUUUUUAGUAAUGGUCAUUCACUAAGGCUUGAACCCUUUAUGUAUGACUUCAACCAUUAAUACGAGUGCUUAUUUAGCAAGGUUUCAAAUUUCC